AGGAGAGGAGAGGAGAGGGAGAGAGAGUAAAUAGGUGCAAUACCAGUCCUGAGCUCAGAGCAUUUCCAGUUCUUUGAAAACCGAAUGGUGAAUUCAUGUCGCUUACAGCAAGCUAACAGUGGAUAACUAAGGUAAUGCUUUGGAUCUUGAUGAACUUCAAUCAGGCCUACCAGUGAGAAGCAAAGAAUUACUUAAAGGAACGGCUUUUCAAUUAGCUGCACUAUAAAGACAUUGACAGCAUGGCAUCUGAACAAGGGAGUUGAGUCUCCACUAUAUUUGGAAAGUGUUGUUGCUAGGAUGAUCCCUGGGUUUUCCAAAUCUCCUGGCCAGCAAGGCCCCCAGCAUGAGAGUUAUGAAGAAAAAUAUGAGCGCCGGUGCGAGAAGCACGAACGCCUGCUCAGAAGAAACAACAGGACCACAUGUCGUCUCACAGGCAAAUGCCAAAGCAAAGAAGCCAAGGAACCAGCUCAGAGCCCUCGACAAAAAGAAUUCUUCCGAAGAAGGAAUUUAACAACUGAAGAGCUUGGAAGGAGAAAAACAAUGUUGCCUCCUGGCAAGAGCUCUUUAUUUCCUGUAAACUGUUCUGGCAAUCUAGGGGGAAUACCACCUCAGAUCUAUUUGAACUAUUUGUCAAAUACCCAGGUACACAAACCACAAAAGAACUAAGUUCUGAAAAGAAAAACUCCUGUCAGCAAACAGAUUGUGGAACAGCAGUGUUAGAUAAGGAAAUUACUCAACUUUCCAACUACCUCAAUGAGGCACUACAUCGAGAACUAGUAUUGAAGCAGAAAAUGGUGAUCUUACAAGAGCUUCUAGCCAUGUUGUUAGAAGCAGCAGAAAAAUCUUGGAAGGGUCAGUUCAAUGAAGACAAACUUAAAUGCAGACUGAGCGUGCUAGAGAAUCAACUGCAAAUAUGUACACAGAGUUAUUCAAAACAAGGCUUAAAAAGGAUUCUCCUUGAGAUGGAAGAUCAAAAGCAGAAUUAUGAACAGAAAGUAAAAGAAUCUCUUCAGAAACUGCUUGAGGAGAAAAUGCAGGCACAAAAGCAAUUUCAAAAUGCCCAGAGAGCCCUAACUGUUGCUGAGGAUGACUGUAGCCUCUGGAAAGAUCAACUUGACAACUUAAAAAAAGAUUGGAGUCAAUUAACUGACCAUCACUCUGAAGUCAAAAGCAAGCUGCAUGCCUUGGAGAAUAAACUGCAGUGGUCAGACACUCAGAACUCUCAACUUCAACAAGCCCUAAAAGAAAUGGAGAAUGAGUGUGCAAAUCUUUAUUCAAGAAUUGAUAAUCUGCAAGAAGAAAAUAUACUCCUCAUGGAGUAUCUUGGGGAAGUUGAAGGCAAGCUGCGGACUGAAGAAAAGCAAACAUUCAUAAUGGAGUCAACAAUUAAACAUCUUCAAAACCAGAUUGUCACAGUGCCCAAUGAAGUCCUCAGAUGGGUAACAACUAAGCAGAAUGUCCCAUCAGAGGAUCAAGAGGGAGAGAAAGAGAGCAGCCUGAGAGAGGAACUGCAAAAAAGGACAUCCCAGCUUGCAGCUAAGAAAAAAGAGUGCACUGAUCUCUGUCAUAAACUAGAGAUCCUGAACAAUGAAUAUAGCAGUUGCCUUGUGAAUUUACAGCAUUGUCGUGAUGAACUGAAGCACUCUCAAAGCAAACCAGCCCAGAGAAAUCAUGAUCAUUGGAUUCCUAUCUUAAUGGUAAUAGUGGUAACUGCUCUGAUAUCUUAUUUAAGCAACUUUACCCCUUGAACAUAACUUGUCUUAUUUGCCUCUUAUUGAUUGCACUAUAGCAAUCUAAAUUAUCCCAAAUGGUUGGUAUUUCAAUUUUAAAAUGUCUUGUAAAAUUAAGAAUUGUGUAUUGUAAUGAAGGAGUUUGUCUGUUUGGCUUUGUAUAUUACUUAAAUUAGUUUUUGUAUUAUUAUUAAAGUUCAAAGCAAUAUUGUUUGUAUGCCUAUCCAUAUAUUGUUUGUAUGCCCCUCCAUAUUGUAUUGUUUGUACGUAUGCCUACCCAUAUAUGGCCUGGUAUCGGACCCUACAUGGUAUUGGACCUGGGUACUUGAGAGACCGCCUCCUGCCAGUUACCUCCCAAAGACCU